CCGCUCGGCUCCAGAGGAUGAAGGAGGCAAAGCGACUGCUGGGUGUAAACACAAAGUGAACAGCUUCAUUUUAAAUAAAGGGAAUAGGUAGCACAAGAAUGGCGACGAAAUUUUACGACCUGAAGGCCAACUUAUUAACUGGAGAAACCUUUGAUUUUUCCUCCUUGCAGGGCAAAGUUGUCCUCAUUGAAAAUGUGGCGUCUCUCUGAGGUACGACCGCCAGGGAUUACACCCAGAUGAACGAGCUCCACCAGCGGUACUCCGGCAAGGGGCUUGUGAUCCUGGGAGUGCCCUGCAACCAGUUCGGACAUCAGGAGAACUGCAAGAAUGAAGAAAUCCUUCUCUCUCUGAAGUAUGUCCGUCCUGGAAAUGGCUUUGAGCCAAAGUUUAAGCUCCUGGAGAAAGUGGAUGUGAAUGGGAAGGAUGCUCAUCCCUUGUUCAUGUUCCUGAGGGAAAAACUCCCAUUCCCCACUGAUGAGCCAACCGCCCUAUUGAACGACCCAAAGUUGAUCAUCUGGAGCCCAGUCUGCAGGAACGACGUUGCCUGGAACUUCGAGAAGUUCCUCAUCGGGCCCGAUGGAGUGCCGUUCAAGCGUUACAGCAGAAGGUUCCUCACCAGCGACAUUGAAGGAGACAUCAAGAAGCUCCUCAACCUGGCAAACUAAUGAACCGUCCAAAAUGUUGUUCAACCAUUCUACAGCCUCUCAGCACAUAGCCAGCAUUAGUAUCCCUGAACACAUCUAGGGAAUCAAGUUUGUGCUCAUUUUUUAUUUUUUUAACCCCUCCAUAGCUUUUGUAGAUGGUUUGACACUUUUCCAGACCACCUGUGCUCUCUCUUGUACACAAUGUCUGUGUUCUGUUCUUUUACUGUAUGAAGGCAUCCUCUGAAACCAACCAAGAUGUGAGGGGGGUAUCUGAUGAAAUGUAAAAGGCUGAAUGUCUCAGCUACAUUGGGUGUGUGUAAAGCACUGCUGUGGUUUGAAGUAUUAAAGGAGCAAUAAAUGUU